CAAAUCUUUCAUAGUUGUUUCAUUCAUUCUUCAAAGAGAUCUCAUUAGUGAUGGCACUAAAUCGUGUUUAUGAAGAUUUUCAACCUCCUCAUGAUUGGGUUCGUGACGAACAAAGUGAAACUCUCAUUCUUCAGCUUGAAGGAUUUUCAAGGAGCCAAUUGAAGGUUCAAAUAUCAGCAAUGCGCAGGAUCAGGGUGAGUGGUGAACGACAAAUAGAGGGCAACAUAUGGCGUCGUUUUUACUCGGAAUUCCCAGUCCCACAAGAUUCAGACACAAACAACAUUGGAGCCAAGUUUGAGAGAGGCACUUUGUACGUUAGAUUUCCCAAACUUAUCACUCCUGUUACGCCUCAACCACCGCCGACUCAACAAGCUCCUUCGGCGGCGCCACCGCCUAGGACACAACAACUCCUCCUCCUCCACCACCGCCACCUUCGCCGCCAAAGCCGAGAACAAGAGAGGAACCAAAAGCAGAACAAACAAUCGAGAAGAAGCCAGAAACAAGGGAUCAGCCAAAGAUAG